AGAAAUAAUUGAAAUGGAAUCAUUUGCCACUCCUCAAAAUUAUAAUGAAAAUGAACAAGAAGAUGGUGGUGAAAUCAAACAAGAAGGUGGUUAUGAAAUCAAAGAAGGUAAUUAUGAAUGUGAACAAGAUGGUAAUGAAAUUGAACAAGACGGUGAAAGUUCUCAAGAAAGUGGCGAAAAUCACCAAGAAUUUCAAAGAAUAGAUCAGCAAGAACUUUAUGAUCUAGAUCAGCUCGUGCAAUCUCAUCAAAAUGGCAAUCAAUGA